GUGCCGCCACCAAUGGAAGUAACCAUGGUCCACGUUGGACCAUAAAAAGGGCAAACAAAAACAAAGAAGUCCUCGAAAAGCGACAUCUUACCAUUGCCGACGAACAAGAUGAGCACAGCACCCCAUCAUCAUGCAGAGUUGGAAGAGCCACAACCCAACGAACGUGCGGAGAGAAGCAACGAGACUAACAAGAAAGGUGCAACCAUGGAAAUCCUUCCCAUUGGAGAUCAAGUUGUGAGGUUUCUUGUUGUUCUGGUUAUUUCCUGGGUACUAUCAUAUGCUACUAUGAGCGCCAACCCCAAGUGGGCUGUUGAGACCUAUGUGCCUUGGAGUUUUUGGCUGCUUCACUACUUGGUCAUGUUUGGGAUCAUUGGGGGAGGGUGGCCGCUGACAGCACCAUUUGGGAACUUUGGCAAGGGGUACUGGGGAGGCCAUGGCAGAAUCCUGCUGGGUCUUACCAUGACAGGCCUAGUGAUUGGAAUGGCGGUGGCAUUGUCAGCUUUCUUUGUCAAUGUUUAUCCUGGAUACCCACUUUUCCCUGGAGGCGCCUGGUUCGGCAUUUGUCUCUUUUAUGUCUCCUUGUGGUGGGUUUUCAACAUUCAGACCCUUCCAAGGCCUCUUGUUCCUUCACAUUCCUUUCCUCCAGUUAACAUUGCCAUCAACUCUUUGAUUGUGAUCUUGUUGGCAUCGGGUGUCUUUCAAUUGAUAGAUUUUGAAGGUCCCGCAAAGGUGGAUCCCUCCAACCCAAAUGGUCCCUUUGAAGCUGGGUAUGUCUUUGGACUACUUGUGAGCAUUAUUGUUUGGGUCCAAUGCUUUGCCAGCAUUAUGGUGUUUCAGGGUUUUGCUGGAACUCCCCUCUAUGCUCUUCCACACCCACUCUUGCAGAUGCUGUUGACGUUGCUGUCCAUUGGUCUUGGAGUGGCUCUCUAUGAAGUUGUUAUUGCUGCUGGUGUUGACAGGACCUUUUACGCAGAGGCAAUAGGUGCCUCUCAAAUAUCUGGAUCUCUAUAUCACACUGUGGCAUUUGACUUUUGGCCUUAUCACAAGAUCCGCCAGCCACUCCGUGGGUUGUAUUCCUUUGUCUUGUCACAAGUCAUCUUUCCAUUCUUUUGGAUAUGGCUGUGUCGAACCAUGUUGGCACCCAUCUACGAUCUGAUGGUAGCAGCUGAUCCACUAUAUGGCCAGCUCUUUACAGUUCAUACCCUGAUCCCUUGGUUCUCACUUCAUGUAGUAGCACCCCUUCUUCUCAUUCAUCAAUCCUUCUUUAUGCGAUGGCCGUUUCCGCCUGCUGGACCUCCACUUGGGCCUAUGGAUGUUGGCAUUGUCAUGUUUCAUCAGGGCAGUGUUAUGAUACUUGAAGGAGGGGAUGAUGCAAAAUCUGAGGAAACACUUCUCAAGACCAUGGACCAAGUGAUUCCAUAAAGGAUAUGUGUGUAGAGGAGGAGACUUAACUUACGCCUUGCAGGUUACCAGGAUGAUAGAGGUACCGGUAUCUGUGCCUUUUAUGUAUAGUUACCGUUCUUUGCAUUCAAGGCCAAUCAACAGAGACUUGCCCGUUCUCUCCUGCUUCCUACUUGCUACCUCUAGCUACCAGGUAGCCAGAAUGUGUGUGGCUCUCUUGACGGGUGGUCUGAGUUUGAUGUUUGAAUUCAAUCAAUCAAUCGGUCUCCUUGAUUCGAUUGAAUCGAAUCAUACACGUACAUUCGAUAUUUUUUUCGAUUCUCGACGCGGGCGAGCUCUGCACCUGCAUCACCUCCUCCCUUCUCUUCUGCACUGUCCGGGUCCUUCUUUGAAGCAAGCG